CGUAGGCACAGGAAAUGUGCAUGUUUUGUCUUCUUGUUUUCGAUCGACAGUAAAUAAAUAAACGUUUUGUGGUGACAGGACAUCGGAUUUCCUGGAAAUUUUGAUGUAAAUGAGAUCAUCAUUCACCAGUUAUUCCUUGCGUUUUUUCAAAAUAACGCACUGUACCUUUGAGUCGCCAGCAAUGUCACUUGCCUAACUGACUGCGUCUGGUUUUGACAAAAGGCUAUGGAAAAGGACUCGCAGGCUGGUAUUGCCACCCCCGUUGUGGGGAGUUCCUCCAUCGGAGGCCUGGCUAGCCAUAGCAGGUCAGAGGAUGAAGAGUCAACCGGGCUGAAGGAUGUGAAGAGAACAGCAGCACAGGCUUUCAGUGGUGGCGGUGGAGUGCCCAAACGCCGCAGCUCCUCACGGUCAAUCAAGAGAAAGAAGUUUGAUGAUGAGCUGGUUGAGAGCAGUCUGGCCAAACCCUCCACCAGAGUGAAAGGUCCACCUGUCAUCGAGCCAAUCCGAUGCUCUGGCAGUGAGCCAUCCUCCAAUGAAAAGAAAAAGGUAUCAAAGUCAAGUUCCUCCAUCACCCCCCCUCUUACCAUGGUGAUCACCCCUCCCCCCAUCACUAAGAGGGUGAAGAAGACCAAGCAAACAUUGCAGAUCACCAAGGACCUUGGCCGCUGGAAGCCCACGGACGACCUGCUUCUUAUCAAUGCUGUCCUGCAGACCACAGACCUCACAGCGGUGCACCUGGGAGUGAAGUUCAGCUGUCGCUUCACCCUGAGAGAGAUUCAGGAGCGUUGGUAUGCCCUGCUGUAUGACCCAGUCAUAUCCAAAUUGGCUUGGCAGGCCAUGAGGCAGUUGCAUCCAGAAGCCAUUGCUGCCAUUCAGGCCAAAGCACUCUUCAGCCAGGCAGAGGAGGCCCUGCUGGCCAAGAUCAGCUCGAACAGUCAGCCCAAGCUGGAGGUGUUCCAGGAGCUGCUGAGUAAGCACCCGAGUGUGUUCUACCCCUCCCGCACACCCAAGAGCCUGAUGGUGCACUGGCAGCUUCUCAAGCAGUACUACCUGCUGGAGGACCAGAGCGUCCAACCCCUUCCCAAAGGAGACCAAGUCCUAAACUUCUCCGAUGCAGAGCAGCUGGUAGAUGAUGCCAAGCUAAAGGAAAGCAGGGAUGAGGUGCUUGAGCAUGAGCUAAUGAUCUCCGACAGACAUCAGAAGAGGGAGAUCAGGCAGUUGGAACAGGAGUUACCCCGCUGGCAGGUGCUAGUGGACAGCAUCACAGGAAUGAACUCCCCGGACUUUGACAACCAGACCCUGGCUGCGUUGCGGGGACGCAUGGUCCGCUACCUGAUGAGGUCAAGGGAGAUAACUCUGGGCCGAGCCACCAAAGACAAGCAGAUAGACGUUGAUCUCUCAUUGGAAGGACCUGCAUGGAAGAUUUCAAGAAAACAAGGCAUUAUUAAACUGAAGAACAAUGGGGACUUUUUCAUUGCUAAUGAAGGCCGGAGACCAAUCUACAUAGACGGAAGACCUGUUCUGUCCGGCAACAAGUGGAAACUCAACAACAACUCUGUAGUAGAGAUUGCAGGCCUUCGCUUUGUGUUCCUGAUCAACCAGGAGCUCAUCUCCCUCAUCAAAGCAGAGGCAGCCAAGAUGAACCAGCAGUGAGAUUUCUCUGGAGUAACUGCCCUAAUCCUGGGCCAGGAGGAAGCAGUGCUCUGGGCAGAUGGACUCUGAGGCCCUGGCUGAAUCCUUGCAACUGGCUCCUCUACGCGAGUUUGUAGAGAUAGACUACUGCUGCAGGCACGAUGUGAACAGUUCCACAACACCACAGGGGAUUGUUUUUCAUCCUGAGUUGGGAUAAUGAGCCAUACUCAGAAUGUAUGGAGUGGGAUGUUCUUAUAUAUGAACACUUUACUGUCUUGGUAUUCAGAACUCACAACCUUGAGGCAGAACACAACAGAGUUAAGCUCAAAGUUAAGUUUUUUUUACUUUCAGUUUGAGUUCUUCAAGUCUUCUCCACCUACUUAAAACUAUUUUCUAGUUGAGCCAAAAGCGAAGUGUUUGUUAUUCCUGGAAACGUCAUAGAUAAAGCUCCUGUGCUAACACACCAUCAAAUUCCAGGUAGAGAUACCAUACACAGUAUAGCUGAUACGGGCAUAUAGUUUGUCAGAGUUAUGGAUUAAUAACACAUCUUGGCCAUUAUUCUUGUUCAUUCCAUUGUCAGAGCGCAGUCACUGAUGGUAUUUGUUACAGGCAGGCACAAUCUAACCACAGUUCCACAAGCACCAGGCUCAGGAAACAGUCCAGUACACAGGACUAUGUCUGUUCAAAUCGGCACCAUCAGCUUGAAAGUCCUAAAAGGGAAGCAUCUCUUUCUCAAGCCCUUAUUAAAGUGUGAUGUAGCCAUUCAAUAAAUGUUGUCCAGUCUAAA